UCGCAGGGACUUGUGGGUAAUCCAAGGUGCAGUUAUCUACUGUCUACUUCAGUCGGUCCGCUGGAGAGUGAAUAGAACAGUUAAAAUAACAUAGGAGGACCCUUAUACCUUCGAAGUUCAAGUGGAUAAAUGUCACACAUUUGACAUGUGAUUCCCCUUUGGUCGUGUAUUGAACUAAUUCACGUACAUACAUUGUUGCCGGGUCGCCCACGUAAACCUACCAACGCAAUGAGUCUGAACGAGCAUUCAUUGCAAGCCCUGUCGUGGAGGAAGCUGUACUUGAGUCGAGCAAAACUAAAGGCUUCCAGCCGGACAUCGGCUCUGCUUUCAGGAUUUGCAAUGGUGGCAAUGGUGGAAGUACAGCUGGACAACAGUUAUCCUUAUCCGCCUGGUCUGCUGAUCGCAUUCAGUGCCUGCACCACGGUCCUUGUAGCUGUUCACCUUUUUGCUCUUAUGGUCAGUACUUGUAUUUUGCCCAAUAUAGAGGCUGUCAGCAACGUGCACAACAUCAACUCUGUGCAGGAGUCCCCACAUGAGAGAAUGCACCGACAUAUUGAGCUCGCAUGGGCUUUUUCUACUGUCAUAGGUACCUUGCUUUUUCUAGCCGAGGUGGUUUUGCUCUGCUGGGUCAAAUUCUUGCCUGUCAAGAGCAAAGACUCUGCAAAUAGUACUAUUUCAUCCGGGAGGGCUGCCGCCAUUACUUCCACCUCUAUUAUGGUUCCUUUUGCUUUUAUCUUCAUUGUCUUUGCUGUGCAUUUCUACCGCUCCCUGGUUAGUCACAAGACUGACCGACAGUUUCAAGAACUGGAAGAACUGUCUAAUCUGACCAGGCUACAAAAUGAACUGGACCACAGAGGAGAUCCUUCUAUCAUGCAAGCUCCCAGCUCCAUCUUCCCAUAGAUAAACUGACAAGCCUGGAUGUGGCUUAUCCAUAGCCACGACAUUUCAUUUGUGAAGAGGCAGCCUAAGAAACUGCACACAAGUCGUCCACAGUGCUCUUAAUUACCAGUAGAAAGUAAAAUGUCUGAAGAAUGAAACGACAAAACAAUUAAUUCCAUUUUCUGUAUCUGAACAAAGAAUAGUCUUCACAUUUAUUACCUUAGCUGUCUUGCUUAAUUACGGUUUUUUUAAGAUGCCAUUACUUAUGUUAUCAUAUGUUUAAUAUUGUUGCUAUUUGCCACCCAAUUCAGUGGUCUAAUCUAAUGCCUGCUGUAUGAAAACGUCAAAUUUGCCAAACGUUAUGUUUGUUUUAAACACGUCUCUUUUCUUUUAAUAAAUAGUGGUUACCUAUAUGACAUUUGAUUUAUACUAAAUCUAUGAAUGCUAUAUUUUCCAUAUUUCAGUAUUGUCAUACCAACAAGGAAAAUAUAUUUGGAAGAGGGAAACUAUUGUAAAGUUUGUAUAUUUUUUACCAUAAACUUUGACCGAUGUUUUUGAUAAUGUAUGUUGGCAUAAAGUUCUAUUCCUUGUUAACACAUUUGAUGAAUUAAUAAAAAGGCAUUCAAGAUCCA